GCGGUUCCUCCCGCCCGCUGCCGCGUGGCGUUUUUACCUUUGCGGCUUCGCCCCUUGUCCCUGUCGUGGUCCCCUCUUGCGCAACAGACAGACCAUCAAACAAUCAAACAAACAAACAAACAAUAGUUACAAUACAAUGGCAGCCGCAGAGAUCGAGGUCGAUGCCGGGUUUGACGGCGACUCGGCCGUCGGCAGCAUCGACGACCAGCUCUCCGCGUUCUCGCAGUCCCUUACCUCGAGCGUGACCGCGUAUCCCGUCGAGCAUGGCCGCCGCUACCACGCCUACAAGGACGGAUCCUACUUCAUGCCGAACGACGAGACGGAGCAGGACCGGCUGGACAUCAUGCACCACAUGCUGAAGAUCGUGCUGGGCGGGCGGUACGUCCUGUGCCCGAUCGCGGAGGCGCAGCUGCAGACGGGGCGGAUCCUCGACGUCGGGACCGGCACGGGCAUCUGGGCCAUAGAAAUGGCCGACAAGUAUCCCGACGCGGAGCUGCUGGGCAACGACCUCAGCCCCGUGCAGCCAACCUGGAUCCCACCAAACGUGAAAUUUGAGGUCGACGACGUGGAAGCGCCAUGGACGCACGCGCGGCCCUUCGACCUGGUGUUCUGCCGGUACAUGGACGGCGCAAUUUCCGACUGGCCGGCGCUGAUGCGCAACGCGUUUGCAAAGACGAAGCCGGGGGGCUGGGCCGAGUUCCAUGCGUUCGAUACGAACUAUAAGAGCGAUGAUGGCACCCUGAAACCUGAUGCGUAUCUUAAUCGGUUCGUGGAGACGCUGAAGGACGGCUGUGGCAGGAUGGGGAAGGAGCUUGUUCCUGGCCCGAAGCUGGAGGGCUGGUUUAAGGAUGCUGGGUUUGUGAAUGUUGGCGUGCAGACGUUCAAGGUGCCGCUGGGGCCUUGGGCUAAGGAUAAGAAGAUGAAAGAGAUUGGCAUGCUCAACCUCAUGCAGGUGCUCGAGGGCAUGGAGGCCUUUUCUUUCCGUCUCUUCAUGUCCGUUCUCAACUGGAAGCUCGAAGAGGUGCAGGUGUUCAACGCCAAAGUCACCCAAGAGCUGAAGGGCAAGACCGUGCAUCCGUACUACACCUUGUAUGUCGUUUAUGGCCAGAAGCCAGAGGACUCGUAGCAGAAAUCGACCUUUCUUGAUAGCUCAGAAAUCUAUAUAUCUGGAUAUCUGACUGCAAAAUUCCCCACGCAAUGGCUUUACUUGCUGUGAUUCGAUCACAUCUCACCAAGCCG